GACGUAAUACUGCAUUUAUUUCUUAAAUGGACGAAGACCACUGUUGAUAUUGGCUGUUCCUUGUGCAAAGAAACAAGUUCUUCCCCUGUUGUUCUUUACAUUUUCAGCCUCUAUGCACCUGUGUUACCUUUCUUUUCUUGCAUAACAUGCCAGGAAUGAUUUACCAAGGAGGAGCCAUUGGUUUAAUCAAACUUUUAUUACCUAACAGAAUACUAUAAAGCAGUUCCCUGGAAAGCUCUGAACUUGAGCCUUGAAAAGCUGAAAUACUCCAAGCAGCAGAAGAGAUCCCACUUUCCCCCUCUCUCCCUCUCUCUCCCACACUUUUUGACUCUAAAAACAAAAGGCAAUGCAACCAGAUGAGAAAUAUGUUUUCUCAUACAAAGGAUUUUAUUUCCAGCCAGGAGUGGCUUCAGUGGAGUACUUAGAUACCCUGGAGGAUUUUGAAAUAAGAGACAGUGAUGUGUUUUUAGUCACUUAUCCAAAGUCAGGCACAAUAUGGACUCAAAAUAUUUUGAGCUUGAUUUAUCAUGAAGGUCAUCGAGAUGGAACCGAAAAAGUCGACUUACUAGACAGGGUUCCGUGGCUGGAGUACAAUAUCCGCAAUAUGGAUUACAUCAGUCGUCCAUCACCUCGCCUCUUUGCUUCCCAUCUACCCUACUAUUUAGCACCCAAGGGAUUAAGGAACAGAAGAGCAAAAGUUGUUUAUGUGGCCAGAAACCCAAAGGACGUCUUGGUUUCCUAUUACCAUUUUUCCAAAGUCGCAGUCAAAUUUGAAGAAGUAGAAGAUUUUGGAAUUUUCAUGGAGAAGUUUUUGGCUGGAAAGGUACUUGCAAGUUUAUGGCUGGACCAUGUGGAAGGCUGGUACUCUCACAGGGAUGACUUCAAUAUUCUGUUUCUUACCUAUGAAGAAAUGAAGAAGGAUCUAAGAAGCUGUGUAUUGAAAUUAUGCAACUUCCUGGGAAAGAGACUGACGGAAAAGGAGGUGGAUGCUGUUGUGGAUCAGGCUACAUUUAAUAAAAUGAAAGCAGAUCCCAGGGCAAACUAUGACUUUUUGCCACCAGAGUUCAUGGACUACAGCAAAGGACGUUUUCUUCGCAAAGGAACUGUUGGAGACUGGAAGAGCAUGAUGACAGUCGCACAAAGUGAAAGGUUUGACAGCAUUUUCAAGGACAGAAUGGAAAAACUGCCCAUCAAGUUCUGCUGGGACAUCCAUGAGGAAUCAUGAGUUUGCCUUCAACUUGGAAGGAUGAAAUAAAGUGCAUUGUAUGCAUCUAAUCCAGGCCUAUUAGCAAGAGUUAGUAAAAAACAACCCUCUCAUGUGACUUAAUAGCAUUCUAAUGUUCGAAUAUGUGGAAUAAUUUUUUUAAAAACACCACAAUAAAACUACAUUUGUACGGUGCACUUCUUCUGUUUCUACAUUCUAAAGGUAAAGGUAAAGGGACCCCUGACCAUUAGGUCCAGUCGUGACCGACUCUGGGGUUGCGCGCUCAUCUCGCAUUAUUGGCCGAGGGAGCCGGCAUACAGCUUCCAGGUCAUGUGGCCAGCAUGACAAAGCCGCUUCUGGCAAACCAGAGCAGCACAUGGAAACGCCGUUUACCUUCCCGCUAUAGCGGUUCCUAUUUAUCUACUUGCAUCGAACUGCUAGGUUGGCAGGAGCUGGGACCAAGCAACGGGAGCUCACCCCAUCACAGGGAUUCGAACUGCCGACCUUCUGAUCAGCAAGCCCUAGGCUCAGUGGUUUAGCCCACAGCGCCACCUGGGUCCCCUUCUACAUUCUAGCAUGUCCUAAUUUAUGACUCCAUGUGCAAAAGUUAAGGAAUCCCAAACUAACUCUUGGGAUUAGUAAUUGUAUUUUAAUUUGGCACUGUUAUUAUGAGGCUACCAUAUGAUUAUUCUAAUUGAAAAUU